CACUAUCAUUUUUUUCAGAGUUUUUGGAAGUUGCGGGAAAUAUAGAUGAGAGGGAGGAACUGGCGGAAAUAAGCUGAAAACUGGAAACCCGAACUGUGGACACGUUUCCCUUUUCACAUUUCUGAACAGUUUCUGGUCGAAGCUAUACUCCCAAUCUCUGAAUCUCCUGCUGCCCCCUUGAAUGGUGAAAAACCCUAAAUCAGAAGAUACAGAUACUUGGGCGUAAUCAUCAUCAUCAUCAUGUACAUAAAGCAGAUUAUAAUUGAAGGGUUUAAGAGCUACAGAGAACAGAUAGCUACUGAACCAUUCAGUGCAAAAGUGAACUGCGUUGUUGGUGCCAAUGGAUCUGGCAAGUCAAACUUCUUCCAGGCAAUACGCUUUGUCAUAAGUGACCUCUUUCAUAACCUGCGCAGUGAAGAAAGGCAUGCCUUGCUUCAUGAGGGUGCAGGCCACCAAGUAUUAUCGGCUUUUGUGGAGAUUGUGUUUGACAAUUCAGACAACCGAAUCCCGGUUGAUAAGGAAGAAGUACGCUUGAGAAGAACAAUUGGGCUAAAAAAAGAUGAGUAUUUCUUAGAUGGAAAACAUAUCACGAAGAAUGAAGUAAUGAAUUUACUGGAAAGUGCUGGAUUCUCCCGUUCUAAUCCAUACUAUGUUGUGCAACAGGGAAAGAUAGCAUCACUGACAUUGAUGAAAGAUCCAGAGCGACUUGAUCUUCUGAAAGAAAUUGGUGGCACACGAGUUUACGAAGAGAGACGCCGAGAAAGUCUGAAGAUUAUGCAAGAAACUGGUAAUAAGAGGAAGCAAAUAAUUCAAGUUGUGCAAUACUUGGAUGAAAGGUUAAGAGAGCUCGAUGAAGAAAAAGAGGAACUUAAAAAAUAUCAACAGCUCGACAGACAGAGGAAAUCUCUGGAGUACAGUGUAUUUGAUAAAGAACUUCAAGAUGCAAGGCAGAAAUUGGCAGAGGUUGAUGAUACUCGCAAUCAAAUUUCCGAGACAUCUACUAAGAUGUAUGAAGACGUGUUGAAGGCACACGAAAGCGCUAAGAAAUUUGAGAAGUUGUCCAAAGAUCUGACAAAGGAAAUUCAAAUUUUAAGCAGGGAAAAAGAAGCUUUAGAGAAACAGCAAACAGGAGCUGUGAAGAAGCAUACUGAGCUUGAGCUCGAUGAGAAAGACCUCCGGGAGAAGAUCAGUGUGAAUUACAAAGCCAAGGACGAAGCAAUCAAACAACUUCACCUUUUGGAUAGGGAAAUUCAAGUUUCAUCUGAUAAACUCAAUAAGAUUACGACUUUGUAUGAGAAACAAGUUCAAGAGGAGGAUGAUUUAACAAAGAGUAUUAUGGAACGUGAAAAACAGCUUAGCAUUCUUUAUCAAAAACAAGGGCGUGCUACUCAAUUCGCUAACAAAGCUGCUCGUGACAAAUGGCUUCAGAAGGAAAUCAAGGAGUAUGAAAGAAUCUUGUCCUCAAACCAACAACAGGAGAGUAAACUCCGUGACGAAAUUAAUCAGCUACAUAGAGACAUAAAUACUCAGGAUGACAUCAUUAUGCAUCGUAAAAAUGAAGCAACAGAGAGGGAAGCUGUCAUAUCUGGUUAUCGGCAAAGUUACUCUGCCUUUAAAAAACAGAGAGAUGAGUUACAUGAUGAACGGAAGUCUUUGUGGGAAAAGGAGAGUGAACUUAGUGCUGAUAUUGCUCGACUUAAAGCAGAAGUUGUGAAAGCAGAGAAAAGCCUAGAUCAUGCAACUCCUGGGGAUAUUAGAAGGGGACUGAACUCAGUUAGGAGGAUAUGCAAUCAAUAUAGAAUCUUAGGGGUGUUUGGUCCAAUUAUUGAGUUGCUUGAGUGUGAGGACCGGUUCUUCACUGCUGUUGAAGUUACUGCAGGAAACAGCUUAUUUCACGUUGUGGUUGAGGAUGAUGAUAUAUCAACCCAAAUUAUCAGACAUCUAAAUGCAGAGAAAGGUGGGCGUGUCACAUUUAUUCCGCUGAACAGGGUGAAGGCUUCUAAAGUUUCUUAUCCACAGAACAAUGAUGUGAUACCACUUUUAAAAAAAUUGAAGUUUUCGGACACACAUACCAAAGCAUUUGAACAGGUGUUUGCUAGAACUGUUAUUUGCCGGGAUUUAGAUGUUGCAACCAGAGUUGCCCGCACAGAUGGUCUUGACUGCAUUACUUUGGAAGGCGACCAAGUCAGCAAAAAAGGUGGCAUGACUGGUGGUUUUUAUGACCAUAGACGCUCAAGACUGAGGUUUAUGAAAACUAUUAAGCAUAACCAUAGUGAUAUCCGUGUGAAAGAAAAUGAAUUGGAGGAUGUUAGGAAAAAGCUUCAAGAUAUCCUUUUUACAUCUGAGCUUCUAGUUUACUUUGCAUUUUAUUUUUAUGCCGUAAGUUUUUAGCUCUGUUGUUGACAUGCUUAAAGCUUAGUCUCCACUGUCUUGGUUCUUUACCUCUCUACAUCUCCCCAAUUCUUAAUCCUGAAUUUUAGAAAAGUAAAGUGGGGAAAUACUUUCAUGUGUCCCAAAAAUUUCCCUUUUGGAAUAUAAGUGACCUUGCAUGAUGUGUGGGUGUUUGUGUAUUUGAUCCUAACAUUUAAGAAAAAAAGCUAUAAUCUCUUGUGAAUGAGUUUUUUCUCUUUAAAGUGCCACCUUUUACCAUGCAUAUUCUACAGGAUUAAUUGCUAUUCUAGUUGUGUCUUAUCCUACUAUUGUCCAUCUUGCUCCAUAAUACAGGCACAGGCAGUCG